AAAUUAUAAUUUACUCUUUAAGGGUCAGCCAUUUGCCAUGGUCAUGGUCACAGAUUCCCAUGAAACACCCUUUUCUUCUCUAUUUUUCAGCUUCUCGCGCUCUCUGAAUCUUUCCAUCUGUCUCUGCAUCUCCCUUGUAGUCAACCGGAUACACAUAUACUCGUACAGAUAGAUAUCACAGCUUUUACUCUUUCUAUCUGAAAUCAUAUCUUCUUCUCACCUUCUCUCUCUCUCUCUCUCUCUCUUUCUCUCUCUCUGCGCUUCUCUCUUUUUCUCUGGGUGUUGGGGUUCAAUAAGGCCUCAAAUGGAUGGCCUGCCAGCCGGUUAUCGCCCCAACGUUGGCGUUUGUCUUAUCAACUCAGAUAAUCAGAUUUUUGUGGCUUCUAGAUUAAAUGUUCCAGGAGCGUGGCAGAUGCCUCAGGGGGGUAUUGAAGACAAUGAGGAGCCUAGAUCUGCAGCCAUAAGGGAACUACGAGAAGAAACUGGGAUAAUCUCUGCUGAAAUUAUUGCUGAGGUACCAAAUUGGUUGACUUGUGACUUUCCACCUGCUGUGAAGGCCAAAGUGAAUCGUUUGUGGGGAGGUGAAUGGCAUGGGCAGGCACAGAAGUGGUUUCUCAUGAGAUUGACAAAAGAUGAGAGUGAGAUUAACCUGGCAAAUGGCGAAGCUGAUCCAGAAUUUGCAGAAUGGAAAUGGACGAGCCCUGAAGAAGUUGCUGAGCAGGCAGUGGACUACAAGAGGCCAACAUAUGAGGAAGUUGUGAGAACCUUCAGGCCUUACUUCAAUGAGAAUGGAAUUGCGAGUAAAUGUAAAUCAUCAAAGGGGUAAAUGAUGUGGGUGUGCUUUUGUAGGUUUCUCCAUGUUUCUUAUAGAAAUGAAUCUGGCUCUUUACAACUUUUUUCUGUAAAUGGAUGUUGCAGUUGGAAUUUCAAAUUUAGAUUAUGGUUGUUUUGUUGUAAUAUAAAAUUGGAGAGAGAUAUCUGCCAUUUUGAAUACUUCAAAGUUUAGAAAUUAAAUUUUGGACGGUCUUUUCUUUCAGAA